UUAACCUGGCACGGAAUGGUUGAGAUUUAUUAUUCAAAUCUGGUUCUACGGGAAACCUCUACGCCUCCACUUCCUGAGAACGACGAGCGAGUGAGGAAGAUGCUUCAACAGCAGCCAUCGACGAUAGCGAACCAGCAACAAGAAACAAUGGAGACUGUAGAAUCGACAGGAGAAGCACCACCUAAACAAGUAGCAUUAGCUAUGGAGAGAUUAUCAAGUGCAGCUCGUUUAAUAGCAGAUAUUAGGUUAGGAGCCGAUAGAAUUCUUGAAGCACUCUUUGUUGCAGCACAACCUCAUCAAACUAAUAAACCCAUACAUUUAAUAUUAAAUGAAGAAGCUUCGAUGCGUAAACACCUUCAAGAUCUUCGAAACGUCGGAAAGCAACUGGAAGAGUCUGGAGUUCUGAAUGAAUCUCUUAAAUCACGAAGUAAUUCUUGGGGUUUGCACAUGCCCCUCGUUUGUCCUGAUGGUGCUGUUGUUGCAUAUGCUUGGAAACGUCAACUUGCUGGCCAAGCUGGUGCAUCUGCUGUUGAUAGAACCAGGCUUGCUCUUAAGGCUUUUACGGAUCAGAAAAAACGAUUCUUUCCGCAUCUUGGUGAUGAUUCAUCAGGCGAGACUUCUGGUUCAGAAUCUGGAAGUUCAAAAAGGCAAUGUGGUCCCCAUGGUUCAGUUUUGGGGCAUAAGGAAGAGCUGAGCGAACUUAGUGAUGACAAAACCUUGUCUGAUGUUCUAACACGUUUGGAUAAACAGGCUCCUAAUGUUAGAGUGUUUACAUACCAACGUCUAGACUGGUUAAAAAGAGCCUCCUCAUUGACGAAUUCAUCAAUUGGGAAUCCCGUAGACAAACAGGAUAGACAAAACACAGGUUCGUUAGGGGCUGCGCCUGCAGAUCAAGCUGCCGUUAUUGAGUUGUUUCUUCCUUCUGUUUUCAGAGCUAUAGUGUCAUUACAUCCAGCCGGGUCUGUAGUCCCUGAUGCAGUGGCAUUCUUUUCACCAGACGAGGAAGGCAGCUAUAUACAUGCAAGGGGUUUCUCAGGCUAUCAUGUGUUUAGGCAUUUAACAGAGCAUGCUGCUAGGGCUUUGCAGGUUUUUCUUGGCAAAAGACCUGAUUCGGCAUUAUAUCUUCUUUUGCAUUGGAUCUGCAGCUAUCAAACUCUAUUCACUUCACCGUGCAGUAAAUGCAAGCGGCUGCUGAGAAUGGAUAAGAUAUCUGCUAUAAUCCUGCCUCCUGUUAAACGAUCUUAUCACCAUUCUUCUGCAUCUGAAAUCUCAUCAUCAAUCCAAUCAACACUCGCUACAAAUGAUCAGGAUCCAAAUCUCAUCAAAGCUUAUCACAUUGGGUGUUCCUCUGACGAGGACUGAUCCAAACAGAUUGCUGGUUUAUAUGAUAUAUGGUGUGUGAAUGCAACAAAUGCACUAGUUCAGGUCCCAAGGUUUAGCAUUGCAAGCAACCAAAGCAUCGCUUCAGGUCCCAAUUUUCAACGCACCUUUCUUUUCUCUUAACAGUUUAGAUUGUAGCUACCCCGGUGUAUGUUCUACAUACACACCUUGACAGCUCCUGCUUGUUUGGGCCCUUGAUGGAGAGAGGAUCCAAAGGACUAGUCUUUCAAAGGUUUUUUUUCCUCUUGUAAAAAAGAAAGAUGUUUUCCCAUGAGAGUGAGCUAUGUGAUGUUGUCACAAACCAAUGUUGCCACAGUUUGAUCAUCUUCAAUAGAUAAUUUGCACUCCUAGUUACAGCUUA